CUCCUCUCCAGCAGUACAACAGAGUUAGGAAUGAGAAGGGGGCUGGGUUCUUUCUUUGUUUUAUUUUUUUGCCUUUUUGUUUUGCACAUUUCCAAUCGUCACUAAUUGAGAAGACGCUGUUUCUCCACUUAUUUUUUAUUUGUAUUUUUUUUUUGUCUGUCUGAACACUGUAGGAGUUUUGCCGUAAACAAAAUGGGGAAAGUGAACAUCUGCCUGAAAAGGAGUUUGAUCAUUGUGACAAGUUUGAUGAUUCUUGCAGGCGCGCUCAUGUUGGCCGGGACCCUUUUCAGCCACGGGCACUACCACCGGGAUGACGAGAUAGAGGACAUGAUCGUGGGCAUCAAGGUCCUGUACGCGCUCUCCAUCACCACCCUGGUCCUGCCCAUCGUCGGCUUGUAUGCCGCCUGCAAAGAGAAGAGAUGGGUGCUCAUUGUGUUCACCGUUGGAAUGAUCCUGUGCAACCUGUUUGUGCUUUACAUGGCCAUCCAUUUGCUGAUCAUGCGGCCUGUGAUCAUUAAGAUCAUGUCCAGAUUCUACCUAAGCAUGCAGCCAAUUAGCAACACCAGCGAGCUAGAGCUGAGAGUGCUGGAGGAAACCCAAAUAGAAUUGGGCUGUUGCGGAGUGCAACAGGGUUACAAGGAGUGGGGCUACAACAUCUCCAAGUCGUGCCUGUGCAACGACACCUCGGACGACUGUGUGGCCGCCCCCAGCAACAGCAGCUUGUUCCAGCUCACAGAUAACAAGGCUGUCAUGAUUUAUAAAGAGCCCUGCCUUCCGGUCCUCCUCUCACAUUUAAACCUGGCCAUAGACGUUUUUGUGGGCACCUCAGCGGGCUUGACUUCAUUGUGGGCGCUGUCCUGCGUGCUGAGCAUCGCCGUCCUGUGUCAGCUGAAAGAGAAAAAGGACACGCUGGUGGUGGCGUACAGUCGAGAGGCCAAAACGGGCAACUACGCCGUCCUCGCCGAGCCCGCGGAGCUCACCUGAUCGCCUCUCCGAUGCGCCACAAAGUAUUAACGUCCAGUGUGUGACCUCAAAGGUCAAAGCCAUGAGUGUGGAAUCAGAGCUUAAUUUUAACUUAACCAAAAUAUGCAUCCUCUAAUUGCUGUGUUGUAUCGUGUGCAAUUGAAUGGAAGUGUGUGAUUCCUCAGCUGACUUUUGCAUGUAAAGGAAUCGCACGAUGAAGUUUUUGAUAUGUUUACAGUGUAGUGUUUCUUAUUGUUUGUUUUAAAACUGAAAAUUGAAUUGUGCAAUAAAAUGGUUGCAUUUUUACUCUUGUUA